GCUUGUUGAUGUACCACGUACAUACGACAUACCAGUUCUGACGACUGCAGCCAACGAUGUGCUCACACAGUCAAAACCAGAAGCACUACCCCGAACUCAACUAUGGAUCUGGGGCUAAAUGGAUCAAGGGUUUAACUCAAAACCGGCUGUCCACUUUCCUUGGGGGUCACUUCGAAGACGUCAACCUGUCUUCUGUCCUCUACACUCAUCGCAUCGAUGGCUCGCAUCAUGUAGAUCUCCAAGUUUGGAGCGCACCAGGUCUUACAAAACCCUCGUUUCAAGAGGCAACGAAACAAGAAUUCAAACCAGCAAAGAAGGGUGAUUCAUUUGGGCCAUCUUGGACAAACCACUGGUGGAAGGUCACUCUCAAGAUUCCCUCCUAUUGGCAACAGUAUGAGCGUGUACAAUUUGAGUUUGACCCUGGCUGCGAAGCUAUGAUAUUCUCCACGGAUGGUGUCCCGCUCCAAGGAAUUACCGGCGGCUACGGCGGAGAUCGCAGGGUUGAACAUAUCAUUCCGCCUCAAGCUGUUCGUGACGGCCACUAUGCUGUAGUCAUCGAGUCUAGUUGCAACGGCAUGUUUGGCGUGCCAUGGAAUGGUGACACCAUCGCGCCCCCAGAUAUGAACAGGUAUUUCCAGCUUGCAUCCGCAGAUUUAGUUGUUACAAACCAAGAUGCUUGGCAUCUGAUGUGGGACUUCACCACUCUUCGCGAGAUUGUGGACACUGUACCUGGCAACACUAACCUUCAAAAUAAGGCACUUGUCACAGCCAAUAAAAUCAUGAAUGCAUUUAAAUCUGGAGAUCCCGAGAACGUCAAACGUAUGCGCGGAAUUGCUGAGGAUGUCUUCGGAAAAGGUUGGCAUGCAAAAGGUGACAAGAUAUACAACGAAGGCCCCAAAAAGGCUCAGGUUGUCGGGAUUUCAUACUGCCAUAUCGAUACAGCAUGGUUGUGGCCUUAUUCAGUCACUCAGCAGAAGACAGCAAGGUCCUGGUCUACCCAGAUUGAUUUGAUGGAACGUUAUCCAGAACAUAGAUUUGCCUGUUCUCAAGCCCAACAAUUCAAAUGGCUUGAGGAGCAAUAUCCUCCGCUUUUUGAACGUAUCAAGAAGAAAGUGGCAUCUGGCCAAUUUCAUCUCAUUGGUGGUUCGUGGGUUGAGAACGACGGAAAUAUGCCUUCAGGUGAAGCCCUCGUCCGGCAAUUCCUAUACGGUCAAAACUACUUCGAAUCACGUUUUGGAAAGCGGUGUGAGACUGCUUGGCUCCCGGACUCUUUUGGGCUCACUGCGGCCUAUCCGCAGCUGAUUAGGGAUGCAGGCAUGAAAUACUUCUUCACACAGAAGUUGAGUUGGAAUAACAUAAACGCGUUCCCGCAUUCCACCUUCAAUUGGGUUGGCAUCGAUGGCUCACAAGUCCUUUGUCACAUGACACCCGUCGAUACUUACACCGCACAAGCAACAGUCGGAGACGUCAACAAGGGGAUUACAAAUCAUAAGAACCUUGAAUCAGAUGCUACUGCCCUUCUGGUCUUCGGAAACGGAGAUGGAGGAGGAGGAGCAUUGCCUAAGAUGCUAGAGAACCUGCGUCGCAUUCGUGCGACGACUAAUGAACACAGAGAACUUCCAACUGUUAGUAUGGGAAGUUCUGUCGAGGAGUUCUUUGAGGACAUUGAAGAAAAUUCCAAGGAGGGAAAAACGCUGCCAGUUUGGAAAGGGGAAUUGUACCUUGAGUUCCAUAGGGGGACCUAUACCUCGCAUGGUUCCAUCAAGAAAGGUAAUAGGAAGUGCGAGAUACUUUUGAGGGAUGUGGAGCGCGUAGCUACCCUGGCUUCGAUCCUCAAGCCCGGGGGACAUUCGUAUGUAUAUCCCAAGCGGGCUAUUGAUGAGUGCUGGGAGAAAGUGUUACUCAAUCAGUUCCAUGAUGUCUUACCUGGAUCUGCAAUCGGCAUGGUCUAUGAUGACGCAGAGAAGUUAUACGCCGAAGUUCACGAAGUAUGCACUGGUCUUCUCGAGGAUGCGUUUGGUGUUCUCCUCCCACGAUCGUCACCCCUCCUGUCGAAUUCGACAUCGGAAACACUAGUUGCGUUUAACACCACGUCAUUUGCGCGCCACGAUGUUAUCAAGGUCCCUUUGUCCAAAGAUGCUGCUCGCAUGAAAACGCAAGUUAUUCAAACAUCUGCAGAUGGCAAGCACGGAUAUGCUUUAAUGCACUCGGUGGGAAACAAGGUCGUGUCACAACCCGUGGGGAUGCCUUCGGUUUGUACGCCUGCAUCUGUGUUUACCAAUGGAACGGACCACUUCGUCCUCAGGAACGCCAACGUCCAGCUCACCAUCUCAGAGGGACGAGUCACCAGCCUGAUUGACGUGAGACUUGGUCGUGAGCUUAUUCCCAAAGGAAGAUCCGGUGGAUUAGUCAUUUUCGAAGAUCGUCCUAAUUACUGGGACGCUUGGGAUGUCGAAAUCCACCACCUCGAAACUUCUACUCCGCUUGCGUUUUCUCAAGUUCGGGUCAUUGCCGAAGGGCCCCUUCGGGCCGCUGUUCAGACACAAAUUAAAUACGGGAAAAGUACAAUCGACGUCACGAUCUCCCUCGAUGCCAUUACUGCAACGAUGAAAGGAGAUUCCCGCUCUUAUUUCAAUUUCGAUGCUGUGGUCGACUGGCGUGAGAGACACAAGUUCCUCAAGUUUGAACUACCACUCGACAUCAAUAACACGUAUGCGACUUAUGAGUCACAGUUUGGGUUUGUUCAGCGGCCGACACACAAGAACACGACGCUGGACGCUGCCAAGUUUGAGGUCUGUGGGCACAAGUUCGCAGAUCUUAGCGAAUAUGGAUAUGGUGUCGCUUUCCUCUCAGAAUCCAAGUAUGGCUUUGCAUGCGAAGGCAACGUCCUUCGUAUCUCCCUGCUCAGAGCGGCCACGGCCCCUGACUCGGAGCAGGAUCAAGGCAGGCACGAGUUCUCGUGGGCAGUCAUGCCUCAUGCAGGCUCCUUCCUCGAAUCCGACGUUCCGAUAGCUGCCUUUAUCUAUAAUUCUCCCUUGCACGUGAGAACUGUCCCUGGGAAUCACGCGGGCCACGUCGUUCCACCUCUUCCGUUCUUGUUUGAGGGCACACCAAACAUCUUUUUGGAGACCAUCAAGAGAGGAGAAGACGACUUCAAGCCGAAUACUUCCAGCACAACCGUCAUCUUGCGCAUGUACGAAGCCUUUGGUGGGCAUGGAUCUAUCAAGCUACACCUCGGAAAACACGUACCUGUGAAGAGCGCGUAUGUCACGAACAUCCUGGAAGACACUAAAGGAGAACUCGGCCUGAUGUCCACGGCGGGAUCGCAUAGCACGCUCAAGCUUGAAUUCAGAAGUUUCGAAGUGAAAACUGUAAAAUUGGUGUUGGAAACCAAGUCUGACAUCUCAGCCAUCUCGCCUAAGACAUCUGCGAAGAGAGAUAGCUGGGUCACUGUCAACAAGGAAUUGUAAUUUUAAUCUUGAAAUUGGUUGAGCUGACGCGGACUAUCCCUUGUAUGUGUACUACUUAGUGAUGUAAAACUGUACAGUACCUGAAAUAAAGUUUUGUAACAAUC